UGACCAAAUGUUCACAUCCUUGGUUAUUCAAGUAUCUCUUUUGAUAGUAAAACAGCUACUUGCAAAAAACACCACCAAAUUUACUCCUCUUUUCUCUUAUCUCCUUCGUCGUCGCCGGCGCCGAAAAAGCAAAGCUGCGACCACCUAUUCGUCGCCGGAAAAGCGAACCUAGUUUCUUGAAAUGCUGGACACCUGAGCAAUCGACUAUCCGAAACAGUAUAGAAGAAGCUUAAAUAUGAAUCUUUCAACAAAGUUUACUGAGAGGUUACCCUUUCUUGAAGUUCUAUGCAAUCCUGCUGCAUUCACUUGUAGAGGAGUGUCUAGAGUAGGAUACAUACAUUUGAAGCAGCGUUAUCGGAGCUUUGCUGGGGUUUGUGCGAAAGUAGCUCCAAGUUCAAAUGGCUGUGAUGGCAGUUUGAGGAAUGGGGCAGGGGUGGUUCUCCCUGCAACGAAAGAGUUCGCAGAGGAGGCUAUUCAGUCACUAAAAUUGGGGAAAGUUAUUGCCGUGCCUACUGAUACAUUGUAUGGGUUUGCUUGUGAUGCUUGUUCUAGAGAAGCUGUCCAUCGAAUAUAUGAGAUCAAAGGACGCAAACUUACAAGUCCUCUUGCAAUUUGUGUUGGGGAUGUUGCAGACAUAAAGCGCUUUGCAUUUACAGAUCAUUUACCAGAAACUCUGCUUGACAGUCUCCUUCCUGGUCCUGUAACUUUAGUAUUGAGGCGAGGGGAGUCAAGUAUUCUUGAGAAGUCCCUUAAUCCAGGAUUAGAUAGUAUUGGUGUUCGAGUGCCUGAUAGCGACUUUAUAAGGCUGAUUGCUCGAGGUUCUGGAAGUGCACUGGCCCUUACUAGUGCAAAUUUGACUGGGCAUCGUAGCAGUGUCUGCAUUAAAGAUUUCGAGAAUUUGUGGGGGCACUGUGCAUAUGUAUAUGAUGGUGGUGACCUUCCCAUGGGUCGUGCAGGAUCUACUAUUGUGGAUUUGACGAGUCCUGGAAAAUAUACGAUACUAAGACCUGGCAGUGCGAGGGAGAACACUAUUGAAAGUUUAGAGAGGCAUUUUCUUGUAGAAGACAAGACUGAGAAUUCAUGAAUGUUCAUCUGAAUUAUAUGAAGCAGCAUGAGAUACAAGUUCACUUGUUGGGAAGUGAAUGGUCUUGCAAUGCUCUGAAUUAAGAGUAACCUUUGAAUGCUUCUAGGCUCUAGCCUUGUAUUUUACUACAAUUUUGUUCACUUUCGUGUUACUAGAAUCCGUUUUAAUAUUAACUGAUGUGUUCACUUCA